CAUACGCCUCUUUCAUACACUAACCAAUACUAUAGCAGGAAAGAUAGAGAAAUACGCGAUGCUUUCCCACUUGUCAGCCUCCCUCUCUCACUCCUCCCCCUCUCUCUCCUCCACCGCUCUCCGCGUCCGCCCCCUCUUCCCCAAAUCGCCGCCCUCUCUCCUCCCCCUCCUCUCCAAAUCCCUCUCUAAUUUCCACUUCCACCCCUCCAACAUCCAUACAUCACCCCCCAGACCCUCCCCAUUCUGCGGCGUCCUUUCUGGCUCUUCCAUGGAGUCGCCGUCGGUGGAAUCCAUUUCCGAUGAACUGAAGAAGCAGAGUUUAGGUCCGGAUGAGGUUAGGUUGAAUCUCGAAGAUCUGAGGUGGGACAAUUCGUUCGUCCGAGAGUUACCUGGAGAUUCCAAGACUCUUAACAUUCCACGACAGGUCUUUCAUGCUUGCUACACAAAAGUAAACCCGUCUGUUGAGGUGGAGAACCCUCAGCUUGUUGCAUGGUCAGAAUCUGUGGCUGAGUUGCUUGAUUUGGAUCCUAAAGAAUUUGAAAGACCUGAUUUCCCACUCAUCUUCUCUGGUGCAUCCCCUUUGGUUGGAGCAGUGCCCUAUGCUCAAUGCUAUGGUGGACAUCAGUUUGGCAUGUGGGCUGGUCAAUUGGGUGAUGGUCGGGCAAUUACUCUUGGGGAGGUUUUGAAUGCGAAUUCUGAAAGGUGGGAACUGCAGCUUAAGGGUGCUGGGAAGACGCCAUAUAGCCGGUUUGCUGAUGGCCUUGCAGUUCUGCGCAGUAGCAUACGAGAAUUCUUAUGUAGCGAAGCGAUGCACAGUCUAGGCAUCCCAACCACUCGUGCACUUUGUCUUGUCACCACUGGAAAAUAUGUGACUCGCGACAUGUUUUAUGAUGGCAAUCCAAAGGAAGAACCUGGUGCAAUUGUUUGUAGAGUUGCGCAGUCCUUUCUGCGUUUUGGUUCAUACCAGAUACAUGCCUCCAGAGGUAAAGAAGACCUUGACAUUGUUCGUACUUUGGCAAACUACACCAUUCGGCAUCACUUCCCUCAUGUUGAGAACUUGAGUAAGAGUGAGAGUUUGUCUUUUAGCACAGGAGAGGAGGACAACGAAGUUGUGGAUCUGACCUCCAACAAGUAUGCAGCUUGGGCAGUGGAAGUGGCUGAGCGUACUGCUUCCCUGGUAGCAAGGUGGCAGGGUGUUGGUUUCACACAUGGGGUGCUGAACACUGACAACAUGAGUGUGCUAGGUCUCAGUAUUGAUUAUGGUCCUUUUGGUUUCUUGGAUGCUUUUGAUCCCAGUUACACUCCAAAUACUACAGAUCUUCCAGGGAGAAGGUAUUGUUUUGCAAAUCAGCCUGAUAUUGGUUUAUGGAAUGUCGCGCAGUUUGCCUCGACUCUCUCAGCCGCUCAGUUAAUAAGUGAUAAGGAGUCAAAUUACGCCAUGGAAAGAUAUGGAACCAAGUUUAUGGAUGAGUAUCAAGCAAUAAUGACCAGAAAACUUGGCCUGCCAAAGUACAAUAAACAGUUGAUUAGUAAACUUCUUAACAACAUGGCUGUGGACAAAGUCGAUUAUACGAAUUUCUUUCGAUUGCUGUCCAAUAUUAAAGCUGAUCCUAGCAUUCCAGAACAGAAACUGUUAACUCCGCUAAAAGCUGUUUUGUUGGAUAUGGGAAAGGAGCGCAAAGAGGCAUGGACCACCUGGGUUCAAACCUACAUACAGGAGCUUUCUGCCAGUGAGACUUCAGAUGAGGAGAGAAAGGCCUCAAUGAAUUCUGUAAAUCCCAAAUAUAUUCUCAGGAACUAUUUAUGCCAAAGUGCAAUUGAUGCAGCUGAACAAGGUGAUUUUGGAGAGGUUCGACGUCUGCUAAAAGUAAUGGAACGGCCCUUUGAUGAUCAACCAGGAAUGGAAAAAUACGCUCGGUUGCCCCCAGCUUGGGCUUAUCGUCCGGGUGUGGGUAUGCUCUCUUGUUCUUCAUGAGCUGCAACUCUCAAUUGUUUACUAUUAAGAAGCAUUUGUUACCAGGAGAGGAUAUAGUUUGAUGUAUAUACACUAUACAGUAGCUAAAUACAGCUUUUUUGACCUCACGACAAAGUUCACUGUAUCUUUUCUUCUCGUUUCUUUUUACUUCCUUUCAUUUGCUUUCAGGCAUUAUUAAAACUGAUGUAUUUGCACGUUUUCUUCUUCUUCUGGUUAUCAUAGUACACAGUCUGCUUGUUAUCA